AUCUAACUACUCUUCAAUCAUUAAAAACUUAUAAUUGUUAUGUCAUCAGUAACCAAUAAUUUAUUUAUUAAAUCAUACAUCACAUACAGAGCACCUUGUGUAUAUAAUACACGGAAAUAGAACCUUAGUCAACAAAGAAAUGCGGAAGCAUUGAAACCAAAGUGGUUUUUAUAAGAUUGGAUGAAAAAGAUAGGUAAAGCAGCGGGUUAGGGAAGGUAUGUAAUAAAAUAUUAUGAAUUAAUUGGUCACAGUAAUUUAAGUUUCUUGAAGUAUCUUGAACCCAACCUAGAUACACUUGAGUGCUUUGCCUUUAACCCAGAGAUUCUAAUGUGGUGUGGCAAUCAGAAAGCUAAUUAUACUACAGUUGAAAAUUCUUUAUAUUACUAAUGUUAAAAUUUCUCUUUAUUCUACAGCUAUUGAGUCUCAUUUUGUUUGAACAGAAGAAUCAUGUCGAUUCAGAGUCUUUUAAAAUUUGUUUUGGAGUAAUUUGUUUGUCUAUAUAGGUCAUGACACUUGGAAUGAGUCCAACGAAUACUAAUAAAUGUUGGAUAUCAUAAUUCAGUUCCAAUUACAGGAACAACCAGAAUAUUCUCAGGCACUCAAUCUUGAAAACCGUUAAACUACUUGUUUUUAAAUUCUAGCCCAAUUGACUUUGUAUGUACAAAAUAUAGAUAGGACAUCUUCUAGGUGCUUGCCGUCCCUGCUUUGAUUUAACUAAUCCCCUACUUUGACAGAGUCAUAUCAAAAGAGAAUAUAUAACACAAAAAAAAUCAUAUAAAUAAUUCUUGACGUAUUUAGUUGUGCAUAAUAACAAAAACAGUCCACUACUGUUUUUUCCUUUUUUCACAUAUUACUGAAUAAGGUGGUGAAGAAAACUAGGGACGAAUCACUUUAUAAAAUAGCUAGAGACAAAAGGUCACUAUAUAAUAUAUGCUCUCAAAAAGCAUUAUUUAAUAAGGAUCGAAAGGCCCUUGCAAUGCUUUUCAGCUUUUUCCUUAACUUUUGGCAAGAGUCUACGAUUAGUUUUGUUCGACAAGUUUUAUAUGACAUAACUAGUUACUUCAAAACUUAACCUUCCAAGCUCACAGCUAUGGCUGUUUCACUUUAUCUCCUACUUGUCUUCAUAACGCAUGUUUCAGCUCAGUCACCACCCACCUCAGGCACAAACUUUUCAUGCUCUGCUGACUCACAGCCCUCGUGUCAGACCUAUGCUGCUUACUUUGCUCAGUCUCCAGACUUUAUUGAUCUGAAUAGUAUAGCCAAUCUAUUUGGGGUCAGUCCUUUGUCGAUUUCAGAGGCUAGUAAUAUGGUUCCUGAGCAUACCAAGCUGAUUCCAGGCAAGCUUUUGCUAAUACCACUCUCCUGCAAUUGUAAUGGAAGCUAUUACUUUGCCAAUAUCACCCAUAACAUCACGAUGGGCGAAAGCUAUUACUUAGUUUCAACCUAUUCAUUUGAAAAUCUCACUAAGUGGCCUUUGGUUCGAGAUAUGAAUCCCGAACUUAAUCCAAACCUCUUGCAGAUUGGCACCAAAGUGAUAUUCCCAUUGUAUUGUGGAUGCCCUUCAAAAUCCCAAUUGGAAAUUGGUAUUAAAUAUCUUAUUUCUUACGUUUGGCAACCAAAUGAUGACAUUGGUGGAGUUAGUGCCAAGUUUAAUUCCACAGAGGUUGACAUCGUAACUGAAAAUAACUACCGGAACUUCAUAGAUGCUGUUGGCUCUGUAGUGUUGAUCCCAGUGCCUCAGUUACCAGCUCUCUCCCAACAUCCUUAUCCUUCUCAGUCUCACCAAAAAGACCAACUCAAACGCAGGUGGUUCCUCAUAACUGUUAUAAGCUUAGCAGGUACUCUUCUCGUUCUGUUUUUAGCUACUUUUCUAACAUACACUCUUGGUUUCUACCAAAAAAAGAAAAAGCUCAACCGUGAGGACUCAUCUCUUGAGUCCAGUGAUCUGAUCCGAGUGAGGAAAUCUACCAAAAGUGAUACUUCUGAGCUUCAGACCAAGGAUAAACUUCUUCCUGGAGUUUCAGGCUAUCUUGGCAAGCUAAUCAUGUAUGAAAUUGAAACAAUUAUAGAGGCUACAAUGAAUUUCAGCGAGCAGUAUAGGAUUGGAGGCUCUGCAUAUAGAGCCAUGAUUCAUGGGAGUUUGUAUGCUGUGAAAAAAGCCAAAGAAAAUGUCACAGAAGAACUCAACAUUUUGCAGAAAGUCAACCAUGGAAAUUUGGUGAAACUGAUGGGAAUCUCUUUAGACAAAGAUGGAGCCUGCUUCUUUGUAUAUGAAUAUGCUAAAAAUGGUUCGCUUGAUAAAUGGUUAAACCCCAAAUCUUCAACCAGUGCUUCAAGCUCAACAGGAUUUCUCACCUGGAGUCAGAGAUUGAAAAUAGCAUUAGACGUUUCCCAUGGUCUUCAGUACAUGCACGAACACACUCAGCCAAGCAUAGUUCACAAGGAUAUAAGAACAAGUAACAUACUCCUAGACGCAAGAUUUAAGGCAAAGAUAGCAAAUUUCUCGAUGGCUAGGCCGGCUACAGCAGAAACAACAACAAAGGCUGAUGUUUUUUCUUUUGGUGUUGUCCUGUUGGAGCUGCUCUCGGGGAGAAAAUCUAUGGGAACAAGAGAAAGCGGCGAGAUCAUUAUGUUGUGGAAAGAAGCAAGGGCCAUCUUGGAAGAGGAAGAGAAGAGAGUGGAGAAGGUGAAAGAAUGGAUUGAUCCGAAGUUGGAGAGCUUCUACCCUGUCUAUGGUGCACUGAGCUUGAUAACAUUGGCAAAGGCUUGCACAGAGGAGAAGGCUUCAGCUAGACCAAGCAUGGCUGAUGUGGUGUUUAGCCUCUCUGUUCUUACUGAAUCAUUUUCUCAGUCUGUAGAAGCCUCUUUGAUGAGUACGUUAGAAGGAGAAGAUAUUCUUCAAAUUACCAGUCCAAUUGAUGCUCGCUAAAAUUCAGGGUAUGUCUCAUAAAGGUUCUAGCAGAUUUGUAGUACUUGUUCUUUGAUCAUUCAUAUUGUGUACUUAAAAACUCUCUACUGUAGCACUUUCUCAUUGUGGUGAACAAAGGCAAUUGAGUGUAUAGUUUCUUUUGAAA